UAUUGUACCAGAUACAGAAAUAGGCUAUAUAUUUGAAGUUGAUUUAGAAGCCCCAGUGUACUUGUAUGAUUACUUUGCAGAUUAUCCUUUAGCACCAGAAAAGCAGAUAAUAUCAGAAAACUGGCUUAGUCUAUACAAUGAAAUAUUAGUGCGUGAUAAAAAUGUUGAAAAAGAGAAAUAUGUAUCUGGAGAAAAGCUAGUUCAGACCCUUUUUUCUAAGAAGAAUUAUAUAGUUCAUUACCGAGCUCUCCAAACAUAUAUGAAGUUCAGAAUAAAGGUUACAAAGAUUCAUAGCGCUCUCAAGUUUAGGCAGUCUCCGUGGAUGAAGGAAUAUAUUGAGGAAAAUAUUCUCUUCGGCAAGCAAAUGGAGAAUGUCCGUAAAUAUAUGAGAGUAGAAUUACUCCGAACAGAAGAGGAUAAAAAAAUCAGGCGCCUAGCAAGUUCACCAUUAUUUGUAGAUUUCAAGCAAUUCGAAGAAGAAAUUACAGCC